GACGUCAAACCCCUCACACCUAAGAGAAUUGGACCUCAGUGAAAACAGAGGCAUAAAGGACUCAGGAGUGGAGCAUCUGUGUGGAUUUCUGCAGAAUCCAGGCUGUCGACUGGAAACUCUCAGUAGACUCAGAUGAGCUGCAAACCUGAUCAGCUUCACAGAGUGGUGUCUGGAGGUCCAGCAGUUGAUGUAGCAUCAAGAGCAUGGGGGACAGAACACAGACCUGUGGAGUUUCUGUGCUGAUAGGCACAGUGUCCUUGAAACUCUUCUCCAACCGCACACGCUGGCAGUUGGUGUCGGGCAGGUUGCCCAAGGGUGCCCAAGGAGUCCAGGUGCUACAGGAUGAAGGAAUUAAGUCAUGCAGUUUGUCUCUGGCCUCUACUCUGAAGUUUAACUUCUCACAUCUGAGAGAAUUGGACCUCAGUGAAAACAGAGACAUAAAGGACUCAGGAGUGGAGCAUCUGUGUGGAUUUCUGCAGAGUCCAGACUGUCGACUGGAAACUCUCAGAGUGAAGUCCUGCAGUUUGUCAGAGUCCAGCUGCUCCUCUCUGGCCUCUGCUCUGAAGUCUAACCCCUCACACCUGAGAGAACUGGACCUCAGUGCAAACAGUGAUAUAAAGGACUCAGGGGUGGAGCAUCUUUGUGGAUUUCUGCAGAGUCCAGACUGUCAACUGGAGACUCUCAGAUUGUCCAGCUGCAGUUUGUCAGAGUCCAGCUGUUCCUCUCUGGCCUCUGCUCUGAAGUCAAACCCCUCACACCUGAGAGAACUGGACCUCCGUGAAAACAGUGAUAUAAAGGACUCAGGAGUGGAGCAUCUGUGUGGAUUUCAGCAGAGUCCAGACUGUCAACUGGAAAAACUGAGAUUCAAUUCCUGCAAAAUAUCAAGAUCCAGUUUCUCUUCCAUUAAAACAAUUCUGAAGUCUGAGUCAUCGUCACUAAAAGAGCUGAGCUUGACUGUUGAUGGAGAUCCUCUUUCUGACGAGAAGGACCUUGACCGCAUUGGAAAAUGUCACCUGGACAUUACUUUUAUACCGCUUAAGUAUGAGAACACUUACUAUGACGAUGAGUAUGAUGAGUAUUAUGAGGAUGAUGAUCAAGAUGAGGAUGAAGAUGAAGACAACUUUUUAAAUGAUGAUGAUGACAUUUCAAAUGAUUACAACGAAGACGAUAUCGAAGACUAUGACGAAGACAAUGACGAAGACAAUGACGAAGACUAUGACGAAGACUAUGACGAAGACAAUGACGAAGACGAUGACGAAGACGAUGAUGAAGACUACGAUGAUUUUUAAGAAGGUGUAAACUUUGACUACGACGAUGUAAACAAUGACUAUGAUGACAGUGAUUCAGAUGAUGCUUAUUUAUAUUAUGACUGGUAAACACAUGACUGUGUAGUACACAUUGUAUUUCACCUUACAUGAAAGAGGGGGUAGUGGUACACUUCUAUUCAGAGUUUGAGUGACAUCAGACUGGGGGUGUUCUGCAUGUAUCUGUAAGGUGGAGUGUCCAGGGACAUACCAGGGUCACACCAUGCACACAUUAGCAAAAACUGCAAAAUCUUUUAAGACUCAAGACACUCAAGAAAAAAUAAAUACCAAAUGGAUUUAAACAACACAUUUUCAGGAGCCUGUCAUCAAUAUGAGCAUUCCUGUUGUCCUGUUUAGGUGUUUGAUUUUCAAGAAAAAAGUGAGAGAUACUAAGUUCAGUUACGACAGAGACUUAACUAACUUGUUUAUACACAAAUCAUCUCAGCUGCUGUAAUUUCAACCAAGUCACCUGUUGUAGUUCCAACUAAGUCAGCUUUCUAGUCAGACUGUGUUAAAGAUCAGAUUAAGUCUAAUUUAGUGCGUUCAGAACGUUGAUGACAUCAGCUGCAAAGUAUCACUGGGCAAUAACAAACAGCUGGGCUCGACAUUAACGGUUUUCCACCAGUCCGGGGCAAUUAAAAGAUUUGUCCAGGAAGUGCUCUCCUCUAACUAGUUACCCAAGCGGGCAAGUGAAAAAACACAGACACAGUCUAGACCACCAUAAAUAAUAACACAUUGUUUUGUUUGGUUUUGUUUUUCACUGUUAACUUUUAGAGUCUUUACUUUACAUCUUUUCUGUAUAUUAAGAUAACGUUUAACCAUCACUUCCGCUCAGCUUCUUUAGAAACGGCAGAUUUGAGAUGGGUCAGUAAUUUUCCAGCACUCUGGUAUUUUCUUUAAAAGAUGCUUGAUGACCACCACAGUUUUUAAAGCUCUUGGGAAUGUUCCAGAUUUAAGUUUAAACAUGUUAAUUAUGCGAAUGAAUGGUGAAAGUAAACUGUUGAGGACGAACUUUAAAAAUCUAGUGGUAACACGUCGUGGCAGCAAGUAGAUGAACUCAGACUGGUGACGACCUCUAAGACAGUUUUGUCAGUUACAGGUGCAAAGUGUCUCUGUGGCUGCAGCUUGUUAUUUGUGUUGUGGAAUUGAUGCCACUUUUGAUGCUCUGAACUUUGUCAUUAAAGAAAACUGCAAACUCAUUAUACUUAGAUGUGGAAAAUAGUUCUAAUGGCAGUGGAGCUGGUGAGUUUAUUCAUGUGUUUAUUGUGUUUACUGACAUAAACGUUGUUACUGCAGUUCCCAGUGUCAGAAAAAUAACUCUCCCUUAUUCUACACAAACUGUGGAUACAGAUGUGCAUCUUUUCUCUGUAAAUCUCAUAAUGAACCUGGAGGUUUGGCUUGCUUCCCUCUGGCACAGGAGGGUUCAAAUAGUGCUCUGGAGAGUUACUUAACCAUACACAAAUGACUGAGAAAACCAGUUCAAGCAUGAUUUUGAUAAGGGAACAAACAAAAAGUUGAUUUAGCAUAAAAAUCCCCUCUUUAUGUCUUUAAACCAGGUACAAUUUUGUGUCAUGUCUACUAAAUGCAAAAUGUGCAUUUGGUUUAGUUUAUUUUGAGUUUAUGGAUCAAAGUUAAUUUUACAAUGUUUUACAUAGAGGUUAUGCACUUAAAUCAUUUUCAUUUGAAAAAUUUCUGGUCACUUCCCCUUAAAUUCCAUUUGUAAUGUUUAUUUCUACCUGAUUGCAGUGACUGUUAUGGUUUUGCAGGUUUGCCCACUGUACAUAGGUCACCAUUUUAUCUAUCUUUGUGUGAAAGUAAAUUUAACGGGAAAACCAACUUUUGCAUGUGUAAAAAUAAAUUACUUUGACUUUA